AUGGAGAAAGUUAUUAGGAAAAUUCAAUGUAAAAGAACAGCCCUCAGACUCUACCCCUCAUCCCCAAUCAUCGGACUCUGGGCCGCCAUGGAGGACUGCACUCUCUCCUCCGGCCACCUCGUCCCCGCCGGGACGCGCCUGAUUGUCAACGCGUGGAAGAUACAGAGGGACGGGUGCGUGUGGCAACGCGCCGGCGAGUUUGAGCCGGAGAGAUUUCUGAUGGCCUGCAGUGCCGGCGAGAGCGCCUCCGAGCUGCUGGUGGCGUUCGGCGGAGGGAGAAGGGCUUGCGCCGGCGCGUCGUUGGCCCUGCACGGGGUGCACUUGGCCCUGGCAAGCUUCCUGCAUGGCUUUGAAGUUGAGAGAUUGUCUGGAGAUGGAGGUGUGGACAUGACGGAGAGUGCUGGGUUGACCAAUUUUAAGGCGACCCCACUUGAAGUUUUACUCACUCCUCGUCUUCGUUCAGAGCUUUAUGCGGGCCUGUAAUGGCGGAUAUUAGUAGUAGUAGUAGUGGAGUAUUGGAG